CGGCUGGGUGUGUUGGCGAGACGGCGAUAACAACAAAAUCCCGCUCUGCUAGUCUACAAGCGCACGCAGGAUGUCCCACCAAACCGGAAUACAAGCAAACGCCGAACUGAAGCAGUUUUUUGGCAAGUGCCGCGAUGGCAGCGUCCGCGUCUUCAAAGUCUCAAUUGUCGACGAGGAAUUAACGCUGCUUGAUCAGAAGCCGCCGAAGGACAACUGGGAGCGAGACUAUGACACCCUCGUGCUUCCCCUGCUUGAACGGGGUCAGCCAUGCUAUCUGUUUUACCGCCUGGACUCCACCUGCCCAAAUGGGUACGACUGGCUCUUCAUCAGCUGGUCACCCGAGGACUCGCCCGUGCGUCAGAAGAUGUUGUACGCAUCAACCAAGGCGACCUUGAAGAAAGAGUUUGGCGGAGGCAACAUCACGCAUGAGCUGUUUGGCACGUCGCGCGACGAGAUGCGCCUGCACGGGGUGCGCCGAGUGCUGGUGUCGGAGCACGACAUGUCGCCUGCUCCGUUGACGCAGGCUGAGCAAGAGUUGCGGCACAUUCGCCGUAGCGAGGCUACGGAAACUGCCGGUGUGGACUCGAGGCACCAGACUCUUCGCGGCCUGCAGUUCCCCAUUUCGGACGACGCAGUGGCAGCCCUCUUCGACCUCAAGGGUGGCGCUGUCUCCUAUGUUCAGUUGAGCAUAGACCCAGCUAAGGAAGAAAUCAACCUAGAGGUGCGUGACAAUGUCACGGUCGACAGGUUGGCCCAUCGCGUUCCUCGGGACCAUCCCCGCUAUCACCUUUUCCUCUUCCCCCACAAGCAUCAGGGGGAGAAAUUCAAGAGCAUUGUGUUCAUCUACUCCAUCGCCGGCAGCGAGUGCCCUGUCAAGGAACGCAUGCUGUACUCCAGCUGCAAACUCCCCCUGGUGGACACCAUCGAGACGCAGGUUGGCGUGGCCAUCACCAAGAAGGUGGAAAUCGAUGACCCGAGCGAGUUGAAUGAGGCCUUCCUGAUCGACCAGCUGCACCCGAAGCAGAACAUCUGCAAACAAAAAUUUGCCAAGCCCAAGGGACCGGCCAACCGUGGGGCUCGACGCCUCAUCCGGACUACUGAUCCCGAAAAUUGACGCCCGUGGAGCUGCCCAUUUCUAGGCCCCCGUAUUCCGUCUGCCCGGCAGUGCAGUCUGGUGGUGUGGCCUCGGUGCGGCAAUGUUGUGAGAAGGACAGGCUGUGCAGCUGCCGAAUGUCAUCGCCGGCACAAGAGCAUAGGCAGGCGCCUUCUGCUCUGGCUGAUGCAUAAGCGUGCAGCUUGUGUCUUCCUUGGUCAGCGCAGAUGCGGCACUGCUGCUGUCACACUAUGCAACGUUUGCCUCCCUUGAUGAAGGUGGUUAGCCUAACCAGCCAUCUCACAACUGUGCCUGGGUUAGUACAGUGAAAUCUGGUGUUUAGCUAAUCAAGCACAUUUGAUAAAGAGGAAUGAAUGGACACAGCCUUACAGUCUUGUCGAGUUUAUCUUGGCUAGCUGCCUCGAUUGAGUGAAGCUGCUGAAGAAGCGAGCCAGUCACUGAAGUCAUUUCCCUCACUUUCUUAUGGGUUGGUUGUGUGGUUAGGCAGUAUUCAUACCAUAGAUAGUUUGAAAGGGUUUGGUGUCGUCUUCUCUCAAGGCCAUCUUCCUCAUAGCACUUGAUGCUUAUAAGAUGUGCUGCUACAUCUACCAUUACAAUCGAGACUGCCACAAGCUGGUGCUCAAAAGGUGAUCUACCCAAUACACCUCUGUACAAUGACAAAAAUACCUGAGGAAUGAAGUGGGAGAAUGGCUUGUGUCACUGGUAAGUUAGUGGAGCGUUACACACGAAGUGCACGCUUGCACUUGUGGUGCAUACCAGAAGUGUUUAUUUAUUUUGCAAAGGAAAGAACCAGAAAUGCUUCUGUAAUCACACAAAUGUAAUUCUUCUAUGGUUUCUAUGGUUUCAGUGAUCGUUGGCCACUUUGUUAUAUGUUUGUGUGAUAAGCUCCUUGUUUCCUCCGUUUUUGAAUCAGACCUGUGAAAAUAGGCAUACUUGAAUUUUGUAGAGCUCUUUAUUUUUUAUUUUCAUUUCCUGUAUCACAUGUGUACAGGUGAAUUACAUGUCUUGCUGAUGAAGAUGCAGAACACGUUUAAUUGCCAAUGCUUGUGUUUGCACUGGAGUGUUGGCCCCCUGGCAAGGUAGCUUGUGCUGUGGUGUGGCAAAAACCAGAGUGUGAAGUUGUGGUCUCUUGAUUUCUUUGCAAGAUUUCUAACCUCUUACACUGAAAUCUUGCGCCACACUUUGUGUCAUGCAUCUGUGCAUGCGUCAUAGAUCCACCUGAUAGUAGUAUCUUCCAAGCACAGUUGCAUGCCUUGGCACAUCUUGCAAGAGCAAGAGUUGAAGUAGGGACGGUCACCUUGCAAGGGGUGCUGCACUUGAUUAACACAAAAUGUGUCUUCUUACAUCGUGGAUUUGCUGCUGUUAAGGUGCCUUUGUCUACAGCUAUUCUAGCAUAUUCUAUAAAGAACAUAGAAAUUAAAGAAGCACACCCCCCACA